UCAUUCAUGAAAAAUUAUGCACUCUGUGGUUCACCUAGACUACAAGUCUCACCUUGCAAAAAUAAAAUCCAUCGGAAAUUCAAGAAGACCGCUCUACAUGCUUUGAGGUAUGUUUUACCAACAUUUGCUUCAAUAAUAAUAGUUAUUGCAGUCAUAAUUGUCUACAAAAAAAAGCAGCGGGGGAAUACGAAUUUGGCGAUUGUUGAAGAUUUAAUUCCUGUCGAGAAAUGGAGAAGAAUUUCCUAUAAUCAGCUAUUGGAAGGGACUAAUGGAUUUAGUGAAAACAACUUACUGGGUUCAGGAAGUUUUGGCUCUGUAUACAAAGGAAUACUUUUAGAUGGGACAAAUGUUGCAAUAAAAGUUUUUAAUUUGCAAAGAGAUGGAGCAUUUAGGAGUUUUGAGAUUGAAUGUGAAGUGAUGAGCAAUAUCUUUCACCGCAAUCUUGUUAAGGUCAUUAGUUGUUGUUCUACUAUUGACUUCAAAGCCUUAGUGCUUGAAUUCAUGCCUAAUGGGAGCCUUGAGAAAUGGUUAUAUUCUUACAAUUAUUUCUUGGAUAUCCUACAAAGAAUCAACAUAAUGAUGGAUGUUGCAUCAGCAUUAGAAUACCUCCAUUUGGGACAUCCAACACCUAUAAUCCAUUGUGACCUAAAACCAAGUAAUGUCUUACUAGACAAAGACAUGGUUGCUCAUGUGGGAGAUUUUGGCAUUUCCAAAUUGUUGGGAGAAGAAGAUUCUAUGAAACAAACAAUGACACUUGCCACUAUUGGCUACAUGGCACCAGGUGAUGUUUUAUUAUUAUUUUUUUCCAUAUUCUAA